GGCAGGUAGGCAGAGCUGUUCCUGACGUGGACAUAUAAAUUGGUCCGUGCUUUUACAUGGUUUAGCAGUUGCUUCCUCAUACCUAGGUACCUAUGCACGUACGUUACUUCUAAUUUUGAAGCUUUCGCAUCUGAAAUUCGAAUUGCUUCACUUCUCUUCAUUUCAUCAACAACCAUCAGACUGCAAAAAUACACAUACGUACCGUAUCGCGUCAUCCGAUACGGCGUAUGCAAUCCCCCUUCUCACUCUUAUUCCCAUAACCAACAAACUCCGUUCUAUACAUCAUCUACCGCACAUUACGUUGACGUAUACUAUUAAUCACCAUUUUCUUCUCCCAACCAAGCGCAUCGGCCAGUCCCCCUCCCAGAUCUUUGAGAAUGCCUGGUCUAGUUACUGCUACUGGGGUCCUAGCCUUCUUGGCCGAUGAAGAGCCCGAGCUCAAGGUCUUCGCCCUACAAACUCUUAACGAUGACAUUGACACGGUUUGGUUCGAGGUCGCCAGCGCUCUUGGCCAAAUUGAAGCUCUCUACGAAGAUGAGUCCUUUCCAGAGCGAAAGUUGGCCGCCUUAGUUCUUGCUAAGGUUUACUAUCACCUUCAGGCCUACGACGAGAGCAUGUUUUUUGCCCUAGCUGCUGGCGAUCUCUUCAAGUUGGAAAAUCCCGGCGAGUUUGAAGAGACCAUCAUCUCCAAGUGCGUCGAUCAUUAUAUUGCUACCAAGAAUGAGAACCACACUGUUGUCGGCAAGAAGGAUAAAGACACGUCUCUGCCAUCUCUUGCUACCGCCUUUUCGAGCGCCACCGCCAACAGCAACGCUUCUGCCUUAAUAUCGCCUACCACACCCUUUUCCCAGUCUACCCUACCAUCCAAGUCCCUUCUGUCUCGAGCUUCUACCGACAAUGCAAUUCUCGAUCCUUCCUUCGAACCACAAAAGAAGCAGCACCGAUCCUCCUCUAUCGCUCUGACUAACAAUGAACUUGAUACUCGGCGUGCCAUCGACCGAGUCAUUGAGCGCUUGUUCGAAAGCUGCCUUAAAGAAAGGCGCUACCAGCAGGUUGUGGGUAUCGCCGUCGAAGCAAAACGCCUAGAUGUCGUCAGCAAGGUUAUCCAUCGCGCAGACGAAGACUUCAAGCGCAACAAGGGGAAGUCCGCCGAAGAUGACGCUAUGGGUCCUGCUGAGGAAUUACUGGACUACUGCCUAAGCAUAUGCAUGGACGUUGUGCAGGAACGAGCUUUCCGAGAUGAUAUCUUGCAGCUCAUUCUUGAUAUUCUCACUAGUGGCCGAGCUAGGGAUCCCGACUACUUCUCCAUUGCCAAGUGCAUUGUCUAUUUAAACAAGGACGAUCAGGCCCGUACAGUCAUUGAACGCCUUGUUAAGACUGACAGUGUUGAAGCCACUGCCAUAGCCUACCAGUUUGCGUUCGAUCUCUACGAUAACGGUACCCAAGAAUUCCUAGGGAAAGUUAUCUCAGGUUUGCCAAAUGGUGAUUCUCUGACUGAGAGAAAGGACGAUGAGCCAGCUGGCGAAUCUGAGAGAGAGCCCCUCCUUACGAGCAAGACUAGCGAAGGUAACGCUGAGCCAGGUGAGGUUGACGAGAAGAAGGCCGCGAUUUACAAGAACAUCCGUUCUAUCCUAGACGGCACCAAGACCAUCAAAUUAAAUCUUGAGUUCCUGUAUCGCAAUAACCACACUGACCUCAGCAUUCUCAACAAAGUUCGGGACAGCCUUGAAGGCCGCAAUUCCAUCUUCCAUUGCGCUGUCACUUUCUGCAAUGCCUUCAUGAAUCAAGGUACAACAAACGACAAGUUUUUCCGAGACAACCUAGAAUGGCUUGGCAAGGCCGUGAAUUGGUCCAAAUUUACCGCCACUGCAGCUCUUGGUGUCAUCCAUCGCGGAAACCUUUCCCAAUCUAGGAAGCUCCUCGAGCCUUAUCUCCCCCGUGGUACCGGUGGUAUUAGCGGCGGCUCGCCCUAUUCGCAGGGCGGUGCACUUUACGCUUAUGGCCUCAUCCACGCAAACCACGGCGCUGAUGCCCUAGAGUACCUGAAGACUCAAUUCACCGCCGCUGAAGAGGAGGUCAUUCAGCAUGGUGGUGCAUUAGGUCUGGGCCUUGCUGGUAUGGCAAGUGGAAACGAGGAAAUCUUCGAGAACCUUAAGGCUGUUCUUUACGCAGAUUCCGCUCUCAACGGCGAGGCCGUUGGCCUUUCAAUGGGCUUGAUCAUGCUAGGAACCGGCAACGUCAAAGCUCUUGAGGAUAUGGUUGCCUAUGCCCAUGAGACGUCCCAUGAAAAGAGUGUACGAGGUUUGGCUUUAGGUAUGUCGUUGAUCAUGUAUGGACAACAAGAGGGUGCCGAUGUUAUGAUUGAAGGCCUUCUGAACGAUCCGGAUCCGACACUGCGAUAUGGUGGUAUCAUGACUGUAGCUAUGGCCUAUUGUGGUACCGGCAGUAACAAAGCAAUCCGAAAGUUAUUGCAUGUUGCUGUCAGCGAUGUCAACGACGAUGUGCGUCGAAUUGCGGUCAUGAGCUUAGGCUUCAUCUUAUUUCGCAAGCCUGGUAGCGUCCCUCGCAUGGUUGAACUCCUUUCUGAGUCGUAUAAUCCCCACGUCCGUUAUGGGUCCGCAAUGGCUCUGGGUAUCUCAUGUGCCGGAACCGGAUUAGACGAGGCCAUCGAUCUAUUGGAGCCUAUGAUGAAGGAUCCCACAGAUUUUGUCCGUCAAGGCGCGCUUAUUGCGUUAGCCAUGAUUAUGAUACAGCAAAAUGAAGUAAUGAACCCCAAAGUCGCUUCAAUCCGGAAAACUCUCAAGAAGGUUGUCGGUGACCGCCACGAGGAUGCAAUGACCAAAUUUGGCGCGGCCCUUGCCCUGGGUAUAAUUGAUGCAGGUGGGCGCAAUUGCACAAUUGGCCUACAGACGCAGACCGGGAACUUGAAUAUGACUGGUAUCGUUGGAAUGGCCGUCUUCACCCAGUACUGGUACUGGUUCCCCUUCACUCACUUUUUAUCUUUGGCCUUCAGUCCAACCUCAAUCAUUGCCCUUGACCAUGACCUAGACAUCAUCGACGUCAAAUUCCACUGCGCCACCAAGCCGAGUCUCUUCGAUUACCCUCCUGAACAGGAGGUCAAGACGGAAGAGGGCCCAACCAUGAUUGCGACGGCCAUCCUGUCAACUACCGCCCAGGCGAAACGCCGGGCACAGAAAAAGGAAAAAGCUCAGCGACGGGAAAGCAUGGAUAUUGACUCAACUACCACGCCGACCACAUCUAAGCCUAGUGCUAGUGGUGACAAAAUGGAUAUCGACGCUAAGCCUAAGCCAAGUGAGGACGUCAAGGACAGGAAGGAUGGAGAAACUCCUGCGCCAGGUGAGAAGGAAUCUUCGACACCCCCAACGGAUGUCAAGAAGAAGUCAGAGAAGGAAAAACCGGGCUAUGAUAUUGAAAACAUGAGUCGAGUCUUACCUGCCCAGCUCAAGUAUAUCAGUCUCGCGAAGGGCCGUUACUGGCCUGUCAAACUUGUGAGACCUGGUCCAUUGCCUACCGGCGGUCCUAUACUUCUUCAAGACCUGCAGCCCGAGAAAGAAAAGGCAAUCAUCGAAGAAAAGCUGAAGAAGGUAGCAACCGAGAAAGCCCCCGUCGCGGGCGGCGCCCAAACUCGUAACCCUCCCUUUUCAGAAGCACUACUAAGUCGACUAAGACGUGAUCAUCUCAUCCCUCCUAGCCGGAACGAAAUCUCGGGUGCUGCGGCCGCCGCCGGUGUACUGACUGCUUUAGAUGAAGAUGCCGAAGGCGACGAAGAGGCACAGGCUCCUGAUGAUUUCGAAUAUUACACUGAGGACGAAGGGGAUGAUUAGAUGCCAUAUGAUGCAGAGUAACUAACAGUGUACUUUUAUUCUUUCGUGGCCUAGACAAUACCGUCAGAUGUAAUAAUAGCCUAACUCAAGCCUCCAAGCUCGUAACAUGUGAAGAUUUGAAGUGAUUAAGCAGCUUUACACAAAUUCAUACGUUAUAAAUUCUAUCAUUGCCACUAAGGUGCUCUUUUUAUCCUAGGCAUUGGCGGCUACUAAUUAAGGCAUAAUGG